AUGCCCCCUAAGCGCAAAGCUCUGGACACGGCAGACGCCAAUGCCACUGUUGUUCCGCAACCCAACGCAAAGAAGGCCAAGCCUGCAGCCCAAGGUGCAGCAGCUGCUGCGUCGACAGGGCUUGGACCCAUCCACAAGCACGAGAAGCGCUGGUCCAAGGUGUCUGCCUCCAAGAACCUGGAUCUGGACUACCAAAAGUCCAUGCAGGACCCCAACCAUGCCUACGAGUUCAUGUGCAUCUGCGACCCAACCGUAGAUGAUGACGAGUACGACGAGGAAGAAGAAGGAGAAGGAGAAGGAGAAGAAGGAGAAGGGAAAGCAGGAGACAAGCCCUCCUGUGACGGGGGCGAAAAGUGCCCAUGCAACAAGACGGCCACCUCGCUCCCCUCUCACCCGUACACCGUCACCAGAGCAGGCCUCCGCAGGGCGGACAUGGCGCGCAACAUGGCGCACUUCCGCAACCCCGACAUGUUCGCCAUGUACACGUUCAACGACCACCACGCCUAUGGGGUCAUGGAGGUCGUGGAGAACAUGCUGCUCGACUUUGACGAGGCGCGCAAGGCCAAUGAGUGGCGUGAGAUGUGGGCCCUGGUCGAGUCCAUGGUCCUGUUUGUCCAAUUCGGUGGGGGCAGCGACAUGUGCAUGGCCGACGACGUCGAGAGGGUCGAGGGGCUCGCCAUGUCUAUUGCGCGACUGAUCCUGACCACCCUCUCCACGCUCGAGAGCCACGACCAGCUCAAGGAGGGCUCCGACAUUAAAAACUUGGGCUGGAUGCUGGCACUCACGCACGCCAUGUCCGGCACCCUGCGCGAGAUGAGCGUCAUGGGCCCCACGGCGCCCACAAAGGCAAAGGCGUUCAAGUUUAACCCGGAUAACUUGGAUCUCUACGUGUGCGCCUUUGCGCACCGACACGGCAUCACCAUACCGGGUGUCAGUGAGGACGACAUGGCGGAGGCCGCGGGCAUGGCGAUGCCAAAGGCCGGGGCCAAGGACCCAUGGGGCUGGACCAGGGUCGGCGCAUUAGUCGCCGGGGGCGACAGGUUCGACAUUACCACGAUGAGCAGCGCGGAACGCAAGAAAGCCGCCUUUGAUAAGAAGGAUCCCAUUCCCGCAAAGGUCAUGGGGAGCAUUAAGAAGGGCGAGCCGGUGUGUCUGGGGUGA